CCAUAGAUCGACGGAGAGUAAUCAGCACGCGGACUGUUGCUGCCAGAGGCGUGGCGCACACUUGGGAAGCCCCAGAGGCGCGACGUCGACGUGGAUUCCCGCUGUUUCACUCGCCAGUCCCUGUCUAUGUAAAGGGACGCACUUUCCCGCCGCUCGCUUCCAGAUAGUGCCCUUUUGUCUUCGACUCCGCCUCGUCCUCACUCAGUGCAAAUACCUCGAAACUCGCGAUCGCAGAACCCUAACUCGCUUUCUCCGUCAAUGGAGCUUCGUUCUCGCAAGCGCACCGCCGGCCCUUCUUCCGAUGGAAAUGAGCAACACGAGGAAAAGGAAGAUGCUUAUUCACCGUCUGAUGAGGAUACUUAUGUACCGUCUACGCCUUCCGCUUCUGAGUUUGAGAGUGAAGAAGGUGAAGAGUACCAAAACAGUGUGGAAGUUGUUUUUGACUUGAAUGAUAAACCUAAUGGUAAAAUGAAGGAGCCUGCGAUAAAAAAGUCGAAGGUGGUGGUGGAGAACAAGACAGAAGCAGGAGGACCAAGCUCGAUGGUGCCAGCAGCCAGGUUCACAUCAGGUGAAAUUGACGAUCUUGGGUUGCACGACAAAAAAAAGAAAAAGAAUCGUAAAUCUGGGGCGCAAAAGCGGCGUUGGCAGUGGAAUACCUGGGAAGAGGAGCAUGAUAAAUGGCUUGAUGACAACGUAACUGAAGAUUUUGAUCUGGAUACUCAGAAGAAUGUGAUAUGCGAUGCUGCUGAGGCACCAUCUGAUAUGAUUAUGCCUUUGCUAAGGUACCAGAAGGAAUGGUUGUCAUGGGCCAUGAAACAGGAAGAGACUGAAACUAGAGGAGGAAUCCUAGCAGAUGAGAUGGGAAUGGGGAAGACUAUUCAAGCCAUUACUCUUGUUCUCGCUAAACGGGAAUUUAAUUCGACAUUUUAUGACACUGGUUCUUCCACAAGCUUUCCUAGAAUCAAAACCACCCUUGUAGUUUGCCCUGUAGUUGCUGUGAGUCAAUGGGUGACUGAAAUAGAGCGGUUUACUUCAAAAGGAAGUACAAAGGUUUUGGUUUAUCAUGGGGCUAAUAGAGAGAAGAGUUCCCAAAUUUUCUCAGGGUAUGAUUUUGUCAUUACUACAUACUCUAUUGUUGAGGCUGACUACAGGAAGAAUGUGAUGCCUCCCAAACAAAAGUGUCAAUAUUGUGGAAGGUUGUAUUACGAGAAGAAAAUGUCAACUCACUUAAAAUAUUUUUGUGGGCCUAACGCUUUUAGAACUGAGAAGCAGUCUAAGCAACAAAGGAGAAAGCAUCCACAACCAGUGUCGCAGAAGACAGUUGAGUCUAAAGGAAAGAAUGGAGCUUCCAGGAAGAGAUCAGCACUGAAUGAGGAAGAUGAUAUGGAUUCAGAAGAUAUUGGACAGCGCUUGAGCCUAGAUAAGUCAGUUUUGCAUUCUGUGAAGUGGAACCGUAUCAUUUUGGAUGAGGCCCAUUACAUAAAAUCAAGGCGUUGUAAUACUGCGAAAGCAGUUCUUGCUUUAGAGUCUUCAUACAAAUGGGCUCUAAGUGGCACACCACUUCAGAACCGUGUUGGAGAACUUUAUUCUUUGAUCCGCUUCUUGCAGUUAGUCCCCUACUCGUAUUACUUAUGCAAGGAUUGUGAUUGCAGGACUCUUGAUCAUAGUUCCGCAGCACAAUGCUCGAAUUGCCCUCAUAAUUCAGUUCGACAUUUUUGUUGGUGGAAUAAAUAUGUGGCGACACCGAUACAGAUAUAUGGAAAUCAUAUCCAAGGCAAAAGGGCCAUGUAUUUGCUAAAACACAAAAUUCUAAAGAACAUAGUCCUGCGACGAACUAAAAAGGGCAGGGCUGCUGAUCUUGCACUUCCUCCUAGAAUUGUUUCAUUGAGGCGGGACACCUUGGAUAUCAAUGAACAAGAUUUUUAUGAGUCAAUAUAUAAUGAUACUCAGUCACAAUUUAACGCAUUUGUCGAAGAGGGAACUGUAAUGAACAAUUAUGCUCACAUAUUUGACCUUCUCACUCGCUUGCGACAGGCUGUUAAUCAUCCUUACCUUGUGGUGUGUUCUGCAUCUGCUGCACUGAGAAAUGGAAGCAACAUUAAUGUCAAUGAGAAAAUCUGUGGAAUUUGUCACGAAGCAGCAGAAGAUCUAGUGGUUACUGCUUGUGAGCAUGCGUUUUGUAAGGCUUGCUUGCUUGAUUUUGCUGCUUCUUUGGGACAAGUCUCAUGCCCGACAUGCUCUAAACCAGUUACUGUUGAUUUCACUACAGCACCAGGUGCUGCUAUUCAGACUAAGACUACCAUUAAGGGGUUUAGAUCUUCAAGCAUUUUGAACAGAAUUAAGCUUGAAAAUUUUCAGACUAGCACAAAAAUUGAGGCUUUGAGGGAAGAAAUCAGAUCCAUGGUUGAAAAGGAUGGCUCUGCAAAAGGAAUUGUUUUCAGCCAGUUCACAUCGUUCUUGGAUAUCAUUAACUACACCUUGCAAAAGUCCGGUGUCAAUUGUGUUCAGUUGGUGGGAAGCAUGACUAUGUCUGCAAGGGAUAAUGCUAUAAAGAGAUUUACCGAGGAUCCAGAUUGCCGGAUUUUCUUAAUGAGCUUGAAAGCUGGAGGUGUUGCUCUUAAUCUGACAGUUGCAUCGCAUGUAUUCUUGAUGGACCCAUGGUGGAACCCAGCAGUUGAGAGGCAAGCACAAGAUAGAAUCCACCGGAUAGGGCAGUACAAACCGAUCAGAAUUAUGAGAUUUGUGAUUGAGAACACUAUUGAGGACCGGAUUCUAAAGCUACAGGAGAAAAAGGAAUUAGUGUUCGAGGGGACCAUCGGUGGUGCUUCAGACGCUCUUGCAAAAUUAACAGAAGCCGACUUGAGAUUCCUCUUUGUCACCUAAGUCCAUUAUCCGAAGAUGAAGCAGGGAAUUUCAAGAGUUUAUCUUGCAAUUUACUGCAACAGAAUUGGAAACUUUUGGUCGAAAUGAUUUUGGAGUUUCAGUUAUUACACAUGGGUUAGGAUCCAUUUUUGGGCAAUGCAAUAGUAAAAUCAUUGUGGCUAAGUUCCAACUUUCUCCGUGCAAUAGUAACAUUUUAUGAAAAAUUUGUCUUGCCAAAUUCUCUCUAAGUUCCCAGUGUUCGUCCUUGUCUGUGAUGUCGCUUGUGGAAUCUCUCUUCCCGUGCUUCCUUGGUUUUGUGGUGGGGGUCGAUUUGUUGGUCCUUGGGGGAAGAUGUGGCCUUUUUCAUCCUCAAUUUUGGGGUUCUUCCUGGUGUGAUCUCAUCAGGGUGGCAACGGUUAGUGUUGAGUGGAUUUCUGGCGACUGCAGCUGCAGCUUCAGCUUCAGUAGCUCUAGCUUAGAGUUUUUUCUGUGGGCUGGGCUCAAAGGUUGGCUUUGCGCUUUGUGCUUAAUGUAUAUUUGGGCUUAUGUUA